AGUGACUGGGAAAAGUAUGACAAGAAGGUUGACGAGAAGGAGGAGAAGAUUCAGGGUACGGUGCUAUUGCUAACUCACAUGUCGUCUAUCUCACCUCAUCCUAGCGGUCAAGGUCCCUACGCGUCCAAGCUUAAGAAGAUUGAGAACGACAUCAAAGAUGUGCAAAAGCGCAUUGAUGAGAAACUUGGUGUCAAGGAGUCCGACACUGGCCUUGCUGCUCCCAACCUUUGGGAUCUCGCAGCCGACCGCAUGCGCAUGGGCGAACACCCCCUGCAGGUAGCCCGUUGCACCAAGAUAAUACCCUUGGACCCUAAGAAAGCUGAGGCUGCUCGCUCUGUCAACCCUGCUGGAGCCGCACAAGGUCAAAAGGGCGCUGACGAGCAGGACCAAUACGUCAUCAACAUCAAACAGAUUGCCAAGUUCGUGGUUGGUCUGGGUGAGCGUGUCGCCCCGACCGACAUUGAAGAGGGCAUGCGCGUCGGAGUAGAUCGUACGAAAUAUCAGAUCCAGAUACCCCUACCGCCCAAGAUCGACGCCUCGGUUACCAUGAUGCAAGUCGAGGAAAAGCCCGAUGUCACCUAUUCCGACGUCGGAGGCUGCAAGGAACAAAUCGAGAAGCUGCGCGAAGUGGUGGAGACACCGCUUCUCUCCCCAGAACGCUUUGUGAAGCUAGGUAUCGACCCUCCCAAAGGUGUCCUGCUUUUUGGACCGCCUGGUACCGGCAAGACCCUUUGCGCUCGCGCUGUAGCAAACCGAACAGACGCCACUUUUAUCCGUGUCAUUGGCUCUGAGCUUGUCCAGAAAUAUGUAGGAGAGGGUGCCAGGAUGGUCCGGGAGCUGUUUGAGAUGGCACGUAGCAAGAAGGCGUGCAUCAUUUUUUUCGAUGAAGUUGAUGCCAUUGGUGGUGCUCGGUUUGAUGACGGAGCGGGUGGUGACAAUGAAGUGCAGCGGACUAUGUUGGAGCUCAUCAACCAGCUUGAUGGUUUCGAUCCUCGAGGGAACAUCAAGGUUCUGAUGGCCACCAACAGGCCUGAUACGCUUGAUCCUGCACUCCUUCGUCCGGGUCGUUUGGAUCGCCGGGUGGAAUUCUCCUUGCCCGACAACGAGGGACGGGCACACAUAUUGAAAAUCCAUGCACGAAGUAUGUCUGUGGAAAGAGACAUCCGUUUCGAUCUGAUCGCCCGUUUAUGCCCUAACACGACGGGUGCUGAGCUGCGGUCGGUGGCUACUGAAGCUGGUAUGUUUGCCAUUCGGGCGCGGCGGAAGAUGGCUACAGAAAGAGAUUUCCUGGAUGCAGUCGAGAAGGUGGUUCGGCAAGGAACGAAGUUCUCCUCCACGUCAGUCCGGAAAGCACCAGAACCUCCUUCGGCUGAGCUCGCCCAGCUGCUCGCCCAUCAUGCUUCUCACCUGCCGCUCCCUCUCACGCUAACAAAUCUUGUGGCAUUUGGCCAGCCGCUCACCGAACAGUCUAUCCUCAAGUCUGUUACCUAUGUUCUCUCUGAGAUUCCUCGCAGACUCGCCACGCGCGUUCGCAACCUCGAGGCACUCCCGUUCAUCGUUGGCACAAACCCUUACGUAGCUAAGACCCUUGCAGCCUACAGAGAGAGCUUUCAGCUCAUUGCAACACAUCCUCCCGUCUCGUCUCUCGAAGAGAAUGCCGUGUUCACCACCCAGCUCGAACAGCUAGUUGAAACCCACCGCAAUGACAUCCCAACCAUGGCAAAGGGCUUCCAAGAAUGCUCUCGUUACAUGUCACCCACGCAGAUAAGCAGUUUCCUUGACGGUGCCAUCCGAAACCGCAUGGGCGUACGCUUGAUAGCAGAGCAACACAUCGCUCUAUCCAGAGCUCUGGAGCUCUCCAAAGGAGAUUCCUCCUUCCACCACGGUGUCGUCAACAUGCACUGUUCUCCAGCAGAAAUGAUAAGGAUGUGUGGCUCGUUCGUCAGUGAGCUAUGUGAAGCCACCCUUGGAACAGCCCCGACUAUCAUGAUCAAUGGACACCCCGAUGCCACCUUUGCAUACAUCCCUGUCCAUCUUGAAUACAUCCUCACCGAAAUCCUCAAGAACGCGUUCCGUGCCACUGUAGAGCGACACCACAAGCACCAUGGGUCGGCGUCCUCCAGACCGCUCCCUCCCGUUCAAGUCACGAUAUCGCCAUCUCCGGGCGAAUCCAUUUCUUCACCAUUCCUAUCUCUGCGGGUCCGGGAUCAGGGCGGUGGCGUCUCGCCUGCCAAUAUGGCGCGUAUAUUUUCUUAUGCGUUCACAACCGCAGGACGCAACGACCAAGAUGAGGAUAUGGGAGGUCCUUAUGCAGCUCAACACAUCGGUGGGAGCGCCAUGAUCGAUGGCGGAGGGACCUCGGAUGGAAACCUGUUCGGAGAGAUCACCGGCAAGGGUGUGCAGGUUGGCCUCGGAACCAUCGCUGGUCUGGGAUAUGGGUUGCCAAUGAGUAGGCUUUAUGCAAAGUACUUCGGUGGCUCCUUAGACUUAGUCUCAUUGGAUGGAUGGGGUAGCGAUGUUUUCGUGAAACUCAGAAGCCUCGACUCAGCUGGUGAUGCAGAGAUUUAG